ACACACACACACACACACACACACACACACACACAUAUAUAUAUAUACUCACACCUGUGUGUAUAUAUAUAUAUAUAUCAUUUAGGUAUAUAGAAAAGUGGUAUCUGAACCGUAUUGAUGUUGGCAGCAGCUCUUCUAAGACGAUAUUCCGGUCACAUGAUCGAUUCCUUCAUCCUGCUGGUGUUAAUAUUGGCUGCAAAGCAGUCGUUUGCUGCCAAACCUUGUCCAAAAAGUUGGCAACUCAACAGCCAGGAAGAAAGAAAGAACCAAAAUCACAACGGUGAUCCAGUGUUUUGGCUGCGGGUUGCUGGCGCCAAAAAUGGUUACGAAGUUGGACAAAGCUAUACAUUUACCAUCGAGAGUUACAGUGGUCGUACUACAAUAACUGACCUGUUAGCCACGACUGAGAGUGACCAACCAAAAUGUGGCAACGGGAAGUUCUCUGUCCGACCUGAUGGCUAUUUAUACCAACCUGACCGUUGUCUGAGUGUAGUCAGCUUCGGAAGUAAAAAAUCUCUACGCAAAGUACAGUUCCAAUGGACCCCACCUCGAUGUGCCUGUGCAACCAUCAGAAUUACCGUAAAAUCUAUCCAAGGUUUCUACUACUCCGGUAAUACCCUCGGCGAUGCUCUCUAUCGAAGGAUAUGUCCCAAAGACAUGACAUCAAGAAAGCCAGCCAAAAUUCCAUUGAUGACUUUUGAGGAGGAAGUGACCAAAAUGAAGCAGGAAUCUCUCUCGCAGCUUUGCCAUCAUGUCGAAGAAGAAAGAACGAGCGAUUCGUUUCCGGUGAAUUUCUUGGAACCACGCCAAUUGAAUGAUCUCGAGAAAUCCGACCCACGGUGGGAUUUUCUACAGUUGGCACUUGAAGAGCGUAGAAUCGAAGUGCAAACGUGCUGUGGGAUUACGGACACUUUCAAUCGUCAAGAAUGUUUUGAGGAUAUCCGUAGAAACAGGAUUGACCAGUUGUGUGGUGAUGGGUACCCGGCCGUACCAUACGCCAAACAUCGUGAAUCCUGGAUGAGUACCCGACAAGAAACGUGCUGCUAUGAACUUGCUGAGAGCCGUUACGAAUGCUUUGCGAAAAACUCCUCAGAACGAAGCUCUCACAGUCCAGACCACAUCGCGUUUUACGACGAAACCCAUCCAUUGGUUGACUUAGAAUAUUACCAAACCAACCCGUUGGCCAAUGCCAGAGAUUUAAGUCUGAGUGGCCGAAAGGAAAACAAACUUUUACUGAUGUCCGAAAACGGGGAACCGAAACUGAAGCAUUCUAGUCGCGAUCCAGCUGUGUUCACCCCGGGUCGGUCAAGGGACGAUGUGCGAAACCAGGUUAAAGACACGGAUCGUUAUACGGGUGGGAAAAAUAACGCCAAUCUGAAAGAUGACCACCAUCUUGUUCCACUGGUUUCUAAAAGAUUGAAAGGCUCUCAAGAUGCCAGUUUCUGUUGCACUGAAGGACUUCGAGUCGGUCAACGUUUACCCACAUUUGGUUCAAGGGUGACCCUACGUAAAUUCUGUAAUAUUGUGCGCACCCAAUACCAAGAUGCGAAUUUUCAAAGGGACCAAUCAGCGUGUUCGAAGGCCUUUCUUAACUGCUGCAUCCAAUCAGCAAACAGUGAACGAGGGACUCCAACUACCACCGUGGGACCAACAGAACAAAGUCAAAGCAAAAAACGUCGAGGGCGAAAAGGCAAAGUGUUAAAACAACGGAAAACGCCCCAAAAAGCCAGUCGUCUUCAAAGAAGAGAUAAAUUCUCAAGUGAUAUCGAAAAUGGCGGCUACGCUGAUGGCGUUAGUGAAAGGUUUAAUUCUGGCAUUGACGGCAAGACCACCACCGAUGAACGGAACAGGAGAGUCGCAAAUGGAUUCAGAAGUUUAGAAAAGUUCUAUGAUGGAAGAACCACGGGAAUUAAGAGCAGAGGUAAAGCGAGGAAACUUCGAGGACGUCGUGGAGAAUAUGAUGAUGAUGGUGAUGGUGAUGAUGAUGGUGAUGAGGGCGGCGUCGAUAACCUCUACAACUAUGACGAUGAUGUUGCUGGUAGUGAUGAUGACAGUGAUGAUUUUGAUGAUGUUAAUACUGAUAAAAAUGAGAAACCGGAAACGGAAGUGGAAACAAUGAAAACGAAGAGAGAAAAGAAAGAAAAGAAAGAAGAGACUGGAAUGAGUGAUGAUGAAGAAGAGAAGAAGAAGAAGAAGAAGAAGAAGAAGAAAUAAAACGAAAGAAGGUAAAGGAAAGAGUAAAGAUCCCGAAGAGCGGGCGAAAUCGCCAUUUAUUGAAAAAUCGAAAAGGGACCAAUAAAAG